AUGCGGAUGCUGUGGUCCCUCCUCUGCCUUCUGGCAGCUCCUCUGGGUGUCCUGUCUCAACUUACACUUCAGGAGUCAGGCCCAGGACUGGUGAAGCCCUCACAGACCCUCUCUCUCACAUGUGUUGUCUCUGGGGGCUCUGUGACCAGUAGUUACUAUUGGAACUGGAUCCGCCAGCGCCCUGGGAAAGCAUUGGAGUGGAUGGGGUACUGGACAGGUAGCACAAGUUACAACCCGGCUUUCCAGGGCCGCAUCUCCAUCACUGCUGACACGUCCAAGAACCAGUUCUCCCUGCAGCUGAGCUCUGUGACCACCGAGGACACGGCCCUGUGUUACUGUGCGAGAGGCACACUGAGGAGACAUCAGUGUGAGCCCAGAACACAAACCUCCCUGCAGGGUCACAGGAGGGGCUGGGCUACAGAAGCCACUGAGAACACAGCCUCUCGCCAUGGACUGGAGCUGGAGAAUCCACUUCUUGGUGGCACUGGCUACAGGGCCUCUCCCGCACCUGCACCUCCUCACCUGUACCUGCCCCAGGUGCGGCUAGAACCAGAAAGGACUGAAGCUGAACCAGGGACAGCAGGCCCUCUGGGUCUCCAGAAACAGCAUCAUCAGCACAGCGGCUUUAGAGAAGGUGAGCUCACAGGCACUUGGCGAAGGGAGACAGCUGCUGGGGGUCAGAGCACAACCAGAGGCCCGGGUCCAGGUGGGCAAAGCCUGGCACCGUGCUUCCAGACACCCUCGCAGGCCGGGCACACGACUCAGACCCAGAGUCCCAAGGCUCAGCAGCACCCGGACUGA